AUGGGAGAUCCUAUGGGAAUCGGAUAUGUGCAGGAGGUCUUCCCCCCACACAGGAAAGUCUCGCAGGCCGAGGCAUACAGGGCUCUCAAGGACGUCAGGGAUCAUGUUCUUAGGGAAUACAUAGGCAAGGAUCUCCCACCUUGGCUUAAUCCCGAGGUAAAUGGGUCUCAGCCAGGGUUAGGAGACGUGCUGCAAGGCAGACAGGUGAGGAGGGCGGUAAUCGCCACUACCUGGAGAUCAGGAUCGACGUUCCUCGGAGACUUAUUGAAUUCUUAUCCCGGAGCCUUUUAUCAUUUCGAGCCUUUCCAUUAUAUCAACGUACAAGACGCCGUACCAAGGCACAUGGAGUCCAUGGCAACAGGUCUGUUGUCAACCUUACUAAGUUGUAAGUUCGAUACCAGGACGCAGCCUUACCUACACCACAUUACGUCAGGCAGGAACCAUUUCCUGGUGGGGAAGAAUUCUCGACUGGCGCGACUCUGCGCAAACGGUCGCGCAUUUUGUCUCGAGAGCAACAUCGUCGCAACAGCUUGCGCAAUGCACCCGCUGAAUUUUGCUAAAACAGUGAGGUUAAGGCUCUCUGCAUUGAAGCCAUUACUGCAGGAUUCAUCCCUUGACCUCAAAGUAAUCCACUUGGUCCGAGACCCCCGAGGAGUGAUGCAUUCUCGGGCGAAGAUGCCCUGGUGCAAAGGCCUCACCUGCAGCGAAGUCUCUACUGUGUGCCAGGCGGCCAAUCAGGAUGCCCAUUUUGCCAAAGAAUACAGCAAGCACUUCCCCAAGAAUUUUAUGGUCGUGCGUUACGAGGACCUGGUCCUCAAUCCAUACAGAGUAACUCGGGAAAUCUUCGAGUUUUUGAAUUUGCCGCUGGUAACCGAGCUGGCUGUCUACAUCGAGGAACACACGACCAAACAAGGACAAAGAACGGAAAGUGGAGACAGUUAUACGUACGCUGCUCUGUUUUCGACCUACAGAAAUUCAACAGCAGCUGCUAAUUUGUGGAGGAAUUCCAUGGCAUUCGGGAAAGUCAAGGAAGUCCAGGGCCACUGUAGGUCUGCGAUGAGUUAUUAUGGCUACAGGACCUUUCUGACGCCGGAGGACCUCAACAACACUGCCGUGUCCGUCAUCGAAGCUCCUACGGGAAGAAGAAUUUCAAGGCAUUAUAACUGA